AUGUUUGCACAAGUGAAAGAGCGCCUGUUGCUGCUGUUCCGCACGGGAAAAUACGCCCAACUGUCGCCCGAAGACUUGGAAAAAGUGUAUCAGGUUUCCAAGACGUUUCUACGGCUGAAUGAGUCGAAACUGGACCCAUUAGAGUACUACACGCUCCUGGAACUGCACUAUUUCCUUUGUCUGCUGACAACAAGGGACACAGAGGCAAAAACGGCGCUGGACAGGUUCAGCGACAGGUUUGAAGCCAAGGACAGUGAGAAACUGGUUGUUCUCAAGAGUUAUUACGUCGAAAUCCUCGGCAAGAAGGACGCCCUCGAUUACCUGGAGAAGGCGGCGGUGCCGUUGAUCCAGACAAGACCGAGUCUGACGGCAGAGCCUGUUCAGCACCACGAGAAAGACCUGCGGCAGAUUGAAAAGCGAAAGGUGGCGCUCAAAAGCGACUCGCCAGCCAGUUACAUCAAAAACCUGCUUGAAUAUAUUAACGAUACUCCGCUGGAUUACGAGUCGUGGAUGGAGCUGGCAGAACAAUACGUUGCUCUUGGCGAAUACGAAAAAGCAUACGACUGUGUCCAGGAGGUGCUGGUGGGCGUUCCUGCCGCGUACGUGGUCUGGUGUCGUGCAGGAGAGCUUUGUCGGCUGAUGUUUCUUCGCGACGGACGCGGCAAAGAGGUCCUGCAGCAGGCGACGAGAUCUUUUAUGCGUGCGAUCGAGCUUUGCGAGCUCCACACGCGCAGCUGGUGCGGUCUGCUGGCUGCUGCGAGAGACCUGAAAGACAAAAAGCUGGAGGCUAUUGCCAGAAACAGGCUGGAGCAAAUCGUGGAAGGCCGCACAAACGACACCGAUGUGGGGAGAGUCCGGGAAGUGCUUGCACUCAUUGGCUAGACGAUGGCGCAACAUCGGGAGUCCUGUUUGGUGGCUCGGACCUGCUGUUUUUCAGAGUACCUGCUCUGUGGGGGCCCCCACAGCUCUGGGAUGAGUCCAUCACGUGUAGUUUCGGUAUAUUUAAUGAUCAUGAGCGAGCUGUUGGAAGCAUUGAUGCGCUCGCGAGCAAGCUCUUGUUUCAGCCGGUUGUUGUACUGGUUCAGUCUCUCCAGCUUCAUGGUCUUCAUCUUGUUUAGCUGGACGAUUCUCAGCAGUUUCUCGUGUUCUGCAUCUGUGAAGUU